CAGGCCGAUGCUCUAUCCACUGAGCCAAACCAGUUAGGGCUGAAGAUGUAUUUUUAUAUUGAAAAGUGAUGAAUGCGUUAUGUGAUUACUGCCUUCCCUUGAGGCACAGGAGCCUCAAGGAAUUGGCCCUGGGUAGGGUUUGCAAGAGGCGGGGAUGAGGGGCAGACCUGGUGAGAUGUGGGGUAGCUGCAAGCUAAAUCCAGCCCAGCACAGAGGGCACCAGGAGAGGGGGUGACACUCCGGGGCUUCCAGGUAAGGGAAGGUGAAGGGGUUCACAGCCAACCAGGAUGUGGCCACGGGGCAGGGAGAGCGAGGCCAUCAGCCCACGGCCCAUUGCUCCUGAUAACCGUGACACGUCCUGUGUGCAGAUGGGACAGGAGAUCAAUACGUCACCCUCUGAUCACACCCGCCCUGAUCUUCAAAUAUCAGUAUGGGCGAGACAUGCUUUCUGAGUCUGAGGUCAUUCGGUCCACCUGCCUCACCUGCCCCCCAACGGGAAGUAGCCUAAAGGAUGCGCACCAGACGCCUGACCCCGAGGACAUGGUGGGGACAUUGUUCCUGACCCCAGGAAGCCUGCCUCCUGCCUGCCCCCAUGCCCAGCUGAAGAACAGCCCCUACCCUGCUUCUGCCCCUCGCCAUGAAGUUCAACGCCCCUUCCUCCCCCCCGCAUCCGGGUGACUGACGAAAUGGCAGGGUGGGGCAGGGCCCUUCGUGCUGAGGGAGCCUGGCCUCAUGGGAACAGAGGGUUUGGGAGGGGCCUAAGGGCUUUAUAAGGCAGGGCUAGAGCAACCGGCCCAGCAGAGAACCGAGAGGCACCAGGCAGACCUCAGCAUCACCCAACUCCCGGCUCGGCAGACAAGAUGCAGCGGCUCUGCGUGCAAGCGCUGAUCCUGGCUCUGGCUCUGGCCGCCUUCUCAGAAGCCUCCUGGAAGCCCCGCUCGCAGCUGCAGGACGCACCCUCGGGCCCAGAGGCCAAGAGGGCCCUGGAGGCACGUUGGCUGGACCAGCUGGGCCCAGCCGCUCACCACCAAAGGCAGCUGAGGUUCCCGGAUCCCCCACACCCGGUGGCAGACCUGUCCAAGAAGCAGGGGCCGUGGCUGGAGGAAGAGGAAGAAGCGUAUGGAUGGAUGGACUUCGGCCGCCGCAGUGCUGAGGAAGGGGACCAACAGCCCUAGCACCGAUUUCAGAGCUCAGCCACCUCCCAGCCCAGCCCAGCCCCAUGGAAAACCAACCCAAAUAAACCCGCUUCCAAUGGAA